AUGCCGUCUAGAGGCGAGAGUGUUGAUCGAUAUCAUGCCCGUUUUGCGAUAUCAUUAGGUCCGAUCACUUUGGUUGGACAAGGCUCAGGCGCAGCUGAUGUCACAUUGCAUCUGCUCAGUCGGCUUUCUGGACGCCGAUUGCCCAGGCCCUUGUUCAACCGCGUUUGGCUCAUGUCUGGCUCCGACGCCAUGCAGGCCGGAUUCGCCAGGCAACCCAAAGAAGCGGCCUCCUACUCAUGGCAAUUGGCUCACCAAGCAAGAUAUUACUAUUUCUCUUUAAUAAGUAGUUGCUCAGGUUCCGAAUGUGCGUUGGGCAGAGUAGGCUGUGAUGUGAUUCCUUCAGCUGAAUCUGACAAGUAUGAGUCCUCUUACAACCAGCAUCGAGCUCAAACUGGCCAUAAGCGCAUCAAUAGAGCCCGCGAUAUGUUGGCCUGCCUGCGCUCGAGAACGGCAGAUGAGCUGGCUGCAGCAGCCGGUACGACAAGAAUACAUCGGCCUGGUUGGAUCACCACGGCCUGGUCCCCGACUGUGGAUGGACGUUUUCUUGAGGAUAGGCCGGAGAAACUGUGGAUAGAUGGGAAAUUUGCGAGGAUGCCGGUUACUAUUUCUUAA